UGCGUUCCAGAUGUACCGCCAUGUCCUGCACUUACAACACGAUGUCCGGAUGUUCAAAAAGUCAUGUGUGAUGGUACAGCUUACACCUUUUCCGACAGUUACCAAUAUGUGGAAGAUAAUCUGGCCCCACUGCGAUAUUACAUCAGUUACCCUGGAAACAGUGAUAUCAUUAUAUCCACAUGUAACACCGCCGACUACGACACCAUGCUGUCUGUGUUUCACUGUGAUUCGCUCAUUUAUGAUGUUGUAUCCGGUGGAAGUCAGACAUGCAACGUCCAUUUCGAUUACAGUUUGGACUUCAAUGACGACGGAAACGGCUGUUCAGGUGGUACCUCUUUGCUCCAGAUUCCUCAAGGAAGUCUCCCCAGUGGGACGUAUGCAAUAG